AUGCUCUGCCAAUGGCAGUACUCAUGUCCUGAAUGCUGGACAGCUGGAACACCUCAAAGCUCACAAUACGCCCUGCCGUGGGAGGUACCUCGCGUAUCUUCUUCAUCUUUUGGCAAUACUGCCAUUUCACCCCAUCCACCGUUCAUACCGAGGGAUAUUACAGACGACCAUGAACCUGAGGAUGAAUCUUCACGGCAAGAGCGAUCCACGAUCAUCCCAGACGCAGAAAACGACUACAUAGAUAUUGGUGACCCCGACGAAAUUGACGAACAUGAAUUCUUGAAUACAGCCCUGUUAUCUCAUAUCGCUGUAAAACUCCGCGAUAAGGUUCCUCGCGGAAAUCAUGUCAAAGGGAGUAUUCCCUACCGGAAUGCUUUCACUGGGAAGGACAUCGUUUCCACCAUACAAUCUAUUAUCCAGCGUGACUUACCCGAUAUUGCUCGAGAUAAUAAACGAACUGCUCUUCAGAUCGCCCGGUCUUUACAGAACCAGUUAUUCUUCUAUGAAGUAGAAUGGGGCGACCGUCAGCUUUCUGGAGGAGUGGAGGACGUCUUCAUGUUCUUGGACGAACCGAAUGAUGAUAACAGUGUCGGACUCGGUGGGAUAACUGAACGUGACGAGCUACCGACGGGUGUGAUCACGUCGUUAACGAGAUGUUAUACCGUGGAUUGCAUCGACUAUGAGGGCCCUUGCUACUCCUAUAGUUGCCCGAAACGAAACGUACGUAAGCCAGUAGGGUUGUCGAUUGAUUUCGAGCCAAUGCCUGACACUGCGAAGCGUGGAUGGGCCGAUAAUAUCGAUCCAGUUAUCCUGAAGUCUCUGCCAGUGAGCGAGGUCAAGCGCCAGACUGUCAUCGCGCGGAUAAUUUCUCAGGAAGCUCAGUAUGUCAAUGAUCUUGAUCUGAUUGAUACGUUGUUUGUGAAGCCGCUGCGUGCGGCUCCAGAGCCCAUUGUUGCUCCCAACGAGCUGGAUUCUUUUAUCGAUACAGUAUUUGGGAAUAUCUUGGACUUGAGAGAAACGAAUCGAAGGCUUUUGGAAGUCAUGUAUGUCCGACAACGGGAGCAAGGACCAAUUGUCCAGUGGAUCGGCGACAUCUUCCUCAACGCGGCUGCAGAAUUCAGGGUGGUGUACCCACUUUAUGUUGGGAACUUACCUGCGGCAGAGAAAAGGGUCAAAGACGAGAGCGAAUACAACCCGAAAUUCAAAGUGUUCCUCGAGCACCAAGCUCGUCAUCCCCUUGCAAGGAGGAUGGACCUCCGUCGGUUCAUAACACGUCCGUCCGAGCAUCUUCAGCGCUACCCGACGCUUCUGGAAGCAAUACGGAACGAAACUGUCCAAGGCAACCCUGAUGCGGACUAUCUGCAGGAAGCUUCUGAGUCAAUAAGGAAGCUUUCGACCGUUGCGCAGCUUCGCACCUUUCAGUCAUCUAUGGGAAGAGGGCCUGCGGGCAGACAAGAAUGGCAUGAUCUGGUCUCUGCGGAGGUUCAAGAGCACAUACCAAGAAAAGAGUUCAAGCGUCAAUCUAUCAUAUUUGAACUUAUUAAGGGUGAGAUGGAGUAUGUAAGAGACUUGGAGUUGAUAGAAGUUUUGUUUCUCAAACCUCUGCGGUCUACGAAUCUCUUCAGCCCGUCGGAGCAUUCUGAGCGGAGGAGCGAAGAGCUUAUUCAUGAAAUCUUUCACAAUCACCUCGAAAUCUUGAGUUUCCAUCGGAAGCUCAUCGAGGUCAUGCAUGAGAUACAACGAGAGCAAUAUCCCUGCAUCAACAGCAUCAUUGCCCCGCUUUAUGAUGCUUCCCUGAAUUGGCAGGACGCCUACAUUGAAUACACCUCGCAUUAUCCUAUUGCUCGAUUCAGAGUUGAAGAAGCGAUGAGCAAUUACGCCUUCAAGAAAGUCGUUGAUGAUGCCCUGAAACACCCGGAAGCCCGGAAGCUCGACGUCAAAUUUUUCAUUAAUCGCCCUAUUCCUCGCAUGCUCCGCUACAACCUUCUAUUAUCAUCAAUUCUCUCUGCAACUCCCGAAGGCCACCCAGAUCAGCAAGAUAUACCACAGGUCAGCGAACUCAUCAGCGCUCUCGGGAAGAGUAUGGACCACUGCGUAGCAACUGCGGAGCGAAAGGUAGAGUUGUGGCGAUAUAAGCGCAAUCUCCGGUGGAAGAUUGGGGAAGAAGUUGACUUGGACCUUUUGGAUGAAACAAGGACACUGGUUCAUACGGGGAGGCUUUUGCGUCAGCCAGAAGGUGGAAUGGAGUGGAACUCAUGGUCCGAAUUAUUCGUUCUCCUUUUUGAUAACUAUUUUGUGAUGACAAAACCAAAGGAGAAAGACGGAGUCACCUUAUACUACGUCAACCGCAGACCCAUUCCGUUAGAGCUACUUACUGUCCUUUCAUUUCGGGAACCUCCACAACAUCGGAGCUCCAGUCUUCUAGGAUUUUCCAGGGGGGGUGGGCGCAGCGGUGCCCAUGUGGAUGGAGGUGCAGUGGGUGCUGGGGAUCGUGGUGAUGCCGGAGACUCGAGAAUGUUGUACCCCUGCAGCAUACAUCACGCCGGCAGAGUCGGCGGACAUUAUCACUUGUUCGCGGAGUCUGCAGCAAUCCGACAGGAGUGGGAGCAGAAGCUGUCAGAAGCGGUUGUUAUGCGAAAAGUUGUUCAGGAGAACAAUAAAGCAUUCGAACAAAGAAUCAUCAGCGCGGAUACCUUCCUAGUCCCCAGUAUCCAGGCUGUCCCUGUGCAGGCAUACGAUGGCGCUAUUACCGGGAAGAUCACUUGCUCAGUUCCCCUUACUGCAGCUGACGGUCGGCCAUUGGUGGCAGUUGGAUGUGCUGAAGGUGUUUGGAUUGGUCUCCGUCAUGAUUCACGAUCAAUGCGGCGUGUCCUCCAUUUGAAGCAGGUGACUCAAUGUGCAAUACUGGAAGAGUUUGGGAUCUUCCUCGUGCUGGCGGACAAGUCGUUGUUCGCCUACCAUAUCGAGGCCCUAGUUCCAUCCGGACCGCCAGGACCGCAAUCCCAACGACAACCUCAAAAGUUGAAUGGAAGCCGUGACGUACAAUUUUUCAGUGUUGGCACUUGGCAAGAUCGUACCCUGGUCAUAUAUAUGAAAAAGAAGGGGCUGGACAGUGUGUUCCGCAUUCUGGAACCUGUCACUGGCAAGACAGCCGAGAAGACAAAGCCAACCACUUUCAGCCGCAAUAUAUUUGGGCCGAAGCAGUUAGAUUGGUUCAGAGUUUACAAGGAGUUCUUCUUACCUUCCGACUCUUUUGAUCUUAUCUUUCUGAAAGCCAAAAUUGCAAUACUGUGUACAAAGGGAUUUGAGAUCAUGGACCUGGCUGACCUUAAGAGCAUAACGAUUCCAACCUCAGAGGAUCCUCGUCAUAGUCAAUUAGUCAAGCGGUGCGAGUCGUGUAAGCCCAUGGGCAUGUUCAGAUCGGGGGAUAAUGAGUUCCUUCUGUGUUACGAUGAGUUUGGAUUGUAUGUUGAUCGACAUGGAGAGCCGUGCCGCCAGUAUGGCGGUGUGGUCGAGUGGGAAGGCACAGCAGAACGCGUUGCAUUCCAUCCACCAAACAUUCUCAUCUUUGACACUCGCUUUAUCGAAAUUCGUCAGAUCGAUAAGGGUAAGCUCGUACAAAUCAUUCCAGGAACAGAUGUCCAUUGCGUCUGGGAUGGGCGGGGCAGUCUUGUCAUCCCGAAUCCGUUGACUCCUGGGCCUCAAGGCUGGGAUGAGAGGGCUCCGCCUGAGCCUCGCGUCCAUGCCGUGAUGAAGGCUGACCAGAACCCACCGAAUGCACCACGAGGCGCCCAAGCUCAACAUCUAUUCGAGCUUGUCCCAACACAGCUACUGUAUCCUCCCUCGUCACAUCAAUCUGGUGGAUCCCUACAACACCUCGCAGAUCAUCUUCCCCAGUUCGUUCCCCUCGACCCUCAUCAGGGGGGUCGGGUUGGACACGGUAACUGUUGUAUUUCUCUUUCAUCCCUUAACUUAUCAUGGAUAUGGCGUUCUGGAGUCUUUCGUAAUUUGGGACCAUUUAUGUUUGAUCCCCUGACAUCAAAUGAUGUAAUGUACUUCGAUACUGCUAUUCCAAAUCACGAAAAGAUAAAUCCAAUUGAAAGCAUGAACCCAAAUACCAUGCAAUCUCAACAGUUGGAUGGAGGCAAAAACGGAAACUUGCAAUGUAUAUGCAAAUAA